UAGUGAGAGAGUUGCGGACGCAAACAAGCGAUCUCAGGCUCCGACUUACAACCACUAACCACAACAACAACAACAACAGCAGCUCGUGAUCGCUCGCUGUGCUGUGAGUUAAAGCGCUCUUCAUCGCGACGCCGUCGACAUGCCGCCGAAGAAGCGCAGCAGCGGGACCCCGCAGAAGAAAGAGCUCAAGGGGAACACGAAGAGCGGAUCUCCGGACAGCGGCGAGAACGCAGUGCUGCUGAGCCCCGAACGACACAAGGACAAGGAGCCUGAGUUUGUGUCUCUCAGUGGGGAGCUCCAGGCCACCAAUCCCAUCUGUGAUCAUGCAUGGAGAAUUUGGGAGAGGGAGAUCAGGUCGAUGGACAAGGCAAAUAUGCCAUAUUCAAACAGACAGCAGUGGGGAGCUUGCCUGUUCAUAGCAGGCAUGGAGCUUGAUGGCCUCAGCCUCACCUUCACACAGUACCUGAAAGUGGUUGGACUGAGUGUGAAGCAGUUCAUCAGUCUUGUGAGGAAGAUGGACGUAAACGUGGACACAAUAAGCCCUAAAGUGAACACUGCUCUGAAACGACUGGAAAACAAAUACGAUGUGACACUGGCUCUCUACCAAAGAUUUGUGAAGACUUGUGAAAAGAUUUCUGCAGAGCCUGACAAAGCAAAGAGGACAGAGCUUUGGGAAAGCAGUUGGACCAUGUUCCUUUUGGCCAAGGGAACAUUUCUGCAGAUGGAGGAUGACCUUGUGAUAGCCUUCCAAUUGCUUCUGUGUGUUCUGGAGUUCUUCACCAAGCGUUUCACUCCGUCUCUGCUUCAGUCACCAUACAAGUCAGCAGUUAGUUCAUCCACCUUGAGUCCUCCAACUAGGACAUCCCGACGCAAUCAGGGCAAAGUCAAAACCCGUCCUCCGGAGAUGGACGUACAGUUGCUGGAAACACUGUGCAAGGAGAGCGACUGCAGUGUGGAUGAGGUGAAAAAUGUGUACCAGACCACUUUUUGUGCAUUCCUGGACUCUGUGGGCCUGUCAGGUCUCCAAGGGCUUCCUCCUCUGGAAACCCUUUCUAAGCAAUAUGAAGAGCUGUACUACAAAAACAAGGACUUCGAUGCUAGGUUGUUCUUGGUUAAUGAUGAGACGCUUUCUUCCAGCAAAACAGAAGUGUCAAAGGUGGAAAUGACUCCAAGAAAGAAUCUGUCUGGAGAUGAUGUUGCGAUUCCAGUUCCACAGACCCCAAUCAGGGCUGCAAUGAACUCUAUACAACAGCUCAGGGUUGAUCUUACCUCAGCCAGUGACCAGCCCUCAAGCAAUCUCCUAGUCUAUUACAGGAACUGCACUGUUGACCCAUCUGAAGAGAUCAGAAAUAGGGUUGAAGAGCUGGGUCAGGUCUUCAUCAAGAGGUUUGCACAGGCUGUGGGCCAGCACUGUGAGGGGUUGGGCAGAAAGCGGUUUAAUCUUGGUGCCCAGCUCUACUAUAAAGUCAUGGAGUCCAUGCUUAAAUCGGAGGAGAAGAGAUUAUCUGUCCAAAACUUCAGUAAACUUCUCAACAAUGCAGCAUUCCAUACCUCAUUGCUUGCUUGUGCCCUGGAAGUUGUUAUGGCAACCUAUGUCGGGAACUCCUUAAAGAGUGGCCGCAGCACAGGGGCCAGCGACUCUGUGGAAACGGAUCUGUGCUUCCCCUGGAUCUUGGACGUCUUCCAGCUGCCUGCUUUCGACUUCUACAAGGUGAUAGAGAGCUUCAUUAAAGCCGAGCCCACCCUGAAACAUGACAUGAUGAAACACCUGGAGCAGUGCGAACAUGUCAUCAUGGAGAGUCUGGCUUGGAAAGCGGACUCUCCUCUCUUUGACCUCCUCAAACAGUCUCGUGAGGAAGGACCUGGUGAACAAGCAGAGCCCCCCGCUACUCUAAACCAGCCCCUGCAUCACAACCACACCGCUGCUGACCUAUAUCUGUCUCCCAAAGCGGCCGAGCCAUCAUCCCCAGCGACAGAGGCAGAGCCCCCCACACCCGGCACAAGAGCACUCCGCUCAAACUCUCUGAGCCUCUUCUACAAAAAAUUGUACAGGAUGACAUACCUGCAACUGAAAACACUGUUCUCACAUCUGCUGACCUCACACCCAGAACUGGAGCCAAUAAUAUGGACCCUGCUUCAGCACACCCUCCAGAACGAGUAUGAAUUAAUGCGUGACAGACACCUGGAUCAGUUGAUUAUGUCAGCUAUGUAUGCCAUAUGCAAGGUGAAAAAUGUGGACUUGCGCUUCAAAACGAUAGUUACCGCUUACAAAGAGAUGCCUAAUACUAAUCAAGAGACAUUUAAGCGUGUGCUUAUCAGAGAGGGGCAGUACGACUCCAUCAUUGUCUUCUACAAUCUGGUCUUCAUGCAGAAGCUGAAGACUAACAUUCUUCAGUAUUCCUCUCCUCGGCCUCCUCCUCUGUCUCCCAUUCCCCGCAUCCCCUGCAGCCCCUACAAGAACUCUCCUCUGCGGGUGCCUGGCAGCAAUAACGUCUAUGUCUCCCCUUUGAAAAGCAGCCGUAUGUCCCCAGUGGUCAUGACACCACGGAGCAGAAUUCUUAUAUCUAUUGGCGAAUCCUUUGGGUCUGCAGACAAAUUUCAGAAGAUUAAUGAGAUGGUGAGCAGCACCGAUUGGUCCCUCAAGAGGAGUCUGGAUGGAGGCUCCGCCCCCAAGCCCCUGAAGAGGUUACGCUUUGACAUGGAUGGACAAGAUGAAGCUGAUGGAAGCAAAACGAGCGGCGAGUCAACACUGAUCCAGAAGCUGGCUGAGAUGAGCUCGACGCGUACUCGUAUGCAGGAACAGAAGCUGAAGGAGGAGUCCGUUAAAGAGCAUCCAGAGCCCUAAAUAAAUACAGUUUUUAAUGCCUGAAGAAAACCACUCCGCCAUUGAAAGGGAAACGCUGACUUGCCUGAGUGUUAUAUGUUGCUACAUUUUGGACGACUCCACAUGUUUUAAUAUUUAAGUGGUGCACUGCAUUUCCUGAGAUAGCAUAGGUGCUUUACCUGUGCUAUUUAAUUUUAGGUUUAAGUGUGUGAGGGCCCAUGAAGGAGGUUUUAUACUUUUAGUAGUUUAUGUUGAGGAAGUAACGUGACGCAUACCUCUUAAAGGGACAGUUCACCCAAAAUGAAAACGAUAUCAUUUACUCACCCCCCCCAAGCUGCUGCUCCUCCUCCGGCUGAACACCAGGGACGAUAUUUCGAAGAAUGUUUGCAACCAAAGUUAAUAGACUUCUGUAGUACGGGGCGGAAAAUACAAUGGAAGUCAAUCAGGUUUAUGAACUGUUCGGUAACUAAAAAUUGGAACAAAUUGAGGGUGAGAACGAUGACAGAAUUUUUUAUUUUUGGUUGAACUUUUCUUUGAUAAUUGAUCUACUAACGUAUACAAUCUGGCUGAUUUAGUGUGUCUUGAUAAUUUAUUGUUUUGUUUAGUUUUUUUUUAAAUUUUCAUUCAUUUUAAAGCUGCCUACUUUUUCCUCAUUGCUGUACAGGAAAUUGAGAUUUACGCCACAGUGUUUCCUUGAAUCAAGUAUUGAACCCUGCUGGUGACUUCUCUCAUUUCUUUUGAGGACCCCCUUAUAGAAGUAAAUGGAAUUAAUUUUGAAACUGUUCUAAAUUGGUUGCAGUUCAAGCAUUGCUGGGGUUUUAGGAUGUGAUUGUUGUGUACGUGGAAGUGCACGUGUUUGUCAACACAGACCAUUGUCUGUUUGACUUUUUCAUGUUCUUCCUGGACCGCAUUGUUGUUUUUACUGUUGGAUUUUAAGAGCUUUUGCUGUUGGAUUUGUAGAGCUUUUGUUACUAAUAUUCAAAACAAUUAUGUUAUACCUCAAAUGUUCAUUUUUGAAAAAUUAUGUAAUGCCUCAAAUGUUUAACAACUGUUUGUUAAAGAACGAUAAAAUGUGUCCUGUUUUGAUUUAAAGAAGACAGUGGCACAUUUGCCUGCCUCUUGUAACCACAAACUGAGACCGUAGCCAUAGCGCAUGGUGCUAAAAUGAUAAAUCACACCUGUUUUUUCUUUUGUGUUGGCAGAUACACUUCCUACCGGAAUGCUGUUUGUCAAGAAAUGACAUGCUCGCAAAUGUCUUUCUCACAAUAGUAGCGUUUAAACUUCAGAGAUUGAUCUCGCAUCGUCUUGUUUUUUUUUUUUUUUAGGGGGUUGUUUUUGAAAGAUCAUUUUUACUUUGAAAUCAUUUCUGCAUCCCAUAUUCCCAAAAGUUGCAAAAGCGUUGAUUUCUUAAGUAGGUUAAUCUUCUGAACGAUGACUGGAACAUGUCUGUGCAUGAAGGCAGGAGAUGAAAUUUAAUAUGUUCACUCAAAUUCCCCUCGCAUCAUUUAGGGUUACUAACGUGCUGCUAUCGUCAUAGCAUAGACGCUCACAAAGGCUCUGCUUUGUCAGCAGUGGGUUCUUUUAAAAGGUUAUCAGUACAUCUUUAUCAGAAGUGCUUGUGCUUAUGGAAUUUAACCCAGUUACUCUGAACCAAACUUUCACAUUACAUUAGGAAACGAAUAAGGGGGGGGGGCUGUAAAAUGCACAUUUGCAUAUAUAGUUGUGGUUUAAAGCUGGCAUGCACAGUUCAGAGUAAACUGCGUUUUGUUUUGCAUCUGAAUGGCUUCUGUCAAUUGCCUAAUGAUAAGCAUUGGACAUUGGACUUUUCGUACCUGCUGUAUAUAAAGACAUCAUUUAAAAGUUUCAUCUGUAGCAGUUGAAAGAGCUGCUUUACUGAACAAUGCAGGUAUAAGGAAGGCUGCUGUUCUUAUAGAAGGAAAUGAAUCAGACCUUUUUAUACAGAUUAAAGUGAUGAUGGGGAGGCCGGUCUUGGGACAUCCUCCUUCUACUUUGUUUUCUACUUCAUACCUCCUCUAGUAGCUGACAAUUCUGUGCUGGUUUGGCUAGUGACAAACUGUUAGCGUUUUUGGACGACCUGCUUUCACCUCUCCACUCUGCAGAAAAGGAAAGGACAUGAAUGCAUCUUUUCAAGAGCUCUCCUGUUUGAGCUCCAACAGCACUGAUGUCUUCAAACGCCAAGUGUAUCCUGCAGCAUACAUUCUCAUUUUUGUCCUGGGAGUCGCCGGUCACUCUUUAU